AUGAAGGCGUUCAACACGUGGCGGGGCGCUGACGGAGCUAACAAAGGCGCGAGUGACGCAGUCGCCGAGCUCCAGCAAGUGAUCGUGAAGAAAGACCGGAUGAUCCUCAGUCUGCAGACGCAGCUGGACGCCUAUGCCGCACGCUUUGGCGCGCUGCCGAGGGACAUUUUGGACCAAUGGGAGCAGGCAAAUGCUCCUGCCGAGAACCCUAGCCGCGGAGUGAAUUGUACGAGGACUGAAGUAACAGCAGCAAGUGACACAAAGCGGCUGCGAGAUGGGACACCAAAUUGGAAGGUGGACACGAGUGCUACUUCACCAGUAUCAAGGAAGGUUCAAGUCGAUUGCGACCUGGACGAGAGCCAGGAAAAUGGACCGAAAAGCUGCUCGAGCACGAAUGUGGUACUGGACUUUGUGGAAGACUCGCCCAUGUUUCGGUGUCAAGUAGAAGGAUUCGAAGAGUCGAUCACGGGUCUUCGAGCGCUACUUAAGGAGCUCGUGACGCACUCGAAAGAGUACGCAGCUGCUGGCAAACAUUUUGGCGCAAAAGAGACAGCACUGGCAGACGAGUUGGUCCAGCGCAAACACGCGCGUGCUAUUUUUUCUACUAGUUGCUCCGAAUUGGGGAGUUUGUCCGACCUGUUUGGUGAGAUGCACGACACGUUGGCCCAGGUGCAGAGCUCUCGGGUGAGCAUGUUGCUCGGUGUGGAGUCCUUACUGAGCAGAUUGAUCCAGCAGUUCCUGGACCAAGACGUACUGAAGGAGGCGGGCGAGCGGCGGAAAGAGGUGACGAAGCUAGGAGAAGAGUACGAAACAUUGCUUGGCAAGUUGUUGAGUAAACCCAGGCAGCCAGGACAGGCAUAUGACGGGACAGGGACUCCUACUGGCUGGGGGGAUUUGACUGGACUGCUUGGUCUCGGCAGUCCUGUAGUGCCGGUAGGAAGCCACACUGGAGCUUCCGAUGAUGGUAUUACCACGAGAACGCCAGCAGCUUCAGCAGCUGUGGUUGGCAAUGGCAGCAAUGUCGUACACCCAGAUGCAGGAAAAACAACUAGUGAGAAACAUCAGCGGGCGCUCGAGCGAGACGUGUUGGUAGCAAGGCGUAAGUUUGAAUUAGCUCGCUUCGACUUAGUUCGUUGCCUGAAUCGGAUUGACUGGAUGAAGAAGUUCGUAUUGGUGGAAUGCUUCAAUUCUAUAAUGUAUGCGCAGCUGGGACACUUUCAUGCGUGUCACGAGCUUGUCAAGUCCGUGGAGCCGACGCUACGUAAACGUCAAGAAAUGAUGCAAGUCUCACGCCAAGGUUUCGAGCGUGACGAGCUGAUGUGGACAUCACAGCGAGAUUUGCUCGACACUCGAUUAUCGCAACAUGUGGACAUUGUUAGCUCUAACCUCGAGUCGAUUGAACAUGUGCCUGAUUCAUCCGAUGUGGCGAGUGAUGAGUUACUCAUUUCUAGUGAAUCAUUUCUAUCGCUUGACUUGCCCGUUGAGGUGAUUUCGCUCGACACCUCGAUGAGCAGAGAGACUUUGGCCACUUCGCCUGAUGGUGCUGCAAAGCAAGGCUACUUGUUCGUUCGCAACUCGAUGUUUCCAGCGAGAAGUUGGAAACGACGUUGGUUUCAGAUUCAUGCAGGCAAGCUGUUCCAGACUACAUGUCGUAGUGGUGGUGGAAAGCGUUCUACGGAAAGCAGUUUGACCCUCGUGUGUAAUUUGUUACUUGCCCGGGUCCGUGAACUGGAGAGUUCAAGUCUACCUUUCUGUUUUGAGGUCAUCGAUGCAAAUCGCUCGGCAAAGCUUUUACUGCAGGCAGCUAGCACUCGUGAUAUGGUCGAGUGGAUCGAGGCUGCACGCCGCAGCACUGAGAACGCGCUCGAAAAGCAAAGCCACCGCCAGGAGGUGCAUCCAAAGCAACAGUCCAUCAUUGAUAUGUUAACGAAAGCAAGCCCGUGCUGUGCGGAUUGUGGACAAGAGCCAGCUGAGUGGGUAUCAAUUAACAUCGGAUGUCUCUUGUGCAUCGAGUGCUCGGGCAUUCACCGCAGUCUUGGUGUGCACGAAUCCAAGGUACGAUCAUUGACCCUCGACUCAUGGGAUAUGGCACUCCUCACUCUACUCCAAGACGAUCUCGGUAACGAUGCAGUGAAUGCGGUAUGGGAGCACACUAUUCCUGAUGGCUGGACCAAGCCGACGCCUACGGCGUCCUGGGUCGAAAAGGCCCAGUUUAUCAAGGCUAAGUAUCAUUUCCAUAAGUUUGUCGAGCUGGACAGGACAUUGGAUGCACCGAAGGGCAAUGAUAGCAUUAUGAAGCGAGAUUUGGCCAAGCGGUUCAUCACAGGAGCUUCGCGUGGGAAUGUGAAAGAGCUGAUGUGGUGCUUAGCGCAUGGAGUAGACAUUAAUGUACGCGCGGGUGAACAGAAUGAAACGGCUCUACACGUGAGCGCUGCUGCUGGCGCUGUAACUUGUUGUAACUAUCUUGUGGUUAAUGGUGCGAGUCUGACGAUAACUGAUAAACGGGGGCGCUCGCCAUACGACGCAGCGAAUGCUGAAGAAAUUAAAGUCGCACUAAUGCAGAAAAUGAAUCUCGAGCAGCAUCAGGUGUAA